AUGUUCAGCAUGACGACAUGCGUCACGCUCGAAGACGGUAGUGAAGCCAUCGUCCAGUUCAAAGAUGAUGAAAUCGAUACGACCAAGGUUGCAUUAGCACGAGGUCUGCUGGGCGAGAUCGUCCCCAGUACUUUCGCCGUUAGGAAUUCGAAGGCACAUUUCGCCUACAUCUCCAAGCUUGUCAAGGGUAAAAUAUGGCCAGAGUGUGAGUGCACCAUCGAACAGAACUGCCACGUGGCAUCCCAGCUUGGCAAAGUGUUGCCACGAUGCAUCGUCAACACAUCCAGUGACAGCGUCGUCGAUUUCUUUGUUCUGUUGCUCACCGAAUGCAGCCAACUCAAAGUCCUACCACUCGCUCUGUGCCAUAUUGAUCUCAAUGCUCAGAAUAUUCUGCUUGACGAAAACUACAAUAUAAGCAGCCUAAUUGGUUGGGAACUAGCAGAUCUGAUGCCUCUGGGCUCGAAUGCUUGGUGCAUCCGGUAUUUGAGUGUAGAUACCAUUCGUGGGAAGGACUAUAUAUCGGAUAAAAGCCAACUUAUGGCUGAAGCAUUCUGGAAAAGUUUCAUUGCAGGCAUGCUGGAGGGCCUUCGUGCACACAGAGAUGCUAUUGUCAUAGCUAUGCAAAUUAGCUAUAUCUUUUCUGUAUUUUUUGGGAAUGGCGGCCCUCUGGCAGAUGAACUGCCUUUGAUUUUUUAA